AGAAGCAUGAAAUUUGUAUAUACCAUGUUGUACAGAGAAACUUUAGUGGGAGAUAAUGACGAUGUCUACAAUAAUGCACCGGAGGAAAUAGAAAAUACACCACCUGUUCCUACUCCUAUGAAAAAAAUUGCAAGAAGAAAAAGAAUUAGUACCGAGAGAAUUGGCGUUCAAUUCUCAGAAGCCAGAGAAGUAUUUCAGGCGAUCGAGGCGCAAAAUGCUAAUACGAUGAAUGUUUUAGCCCAAAGUACGCAAUUGCAGGCGGAAGCAGCAUCUAAGCUUGCAGAUGCUGCUUUAAUGAUGGCAGAAAACGAUAAGAGAAGGAAUGACAUUUUUGAAAGGAUGGUCGAAUAUGAUCGCGUACGAAAUGUCUUGCUCGAUAGUCUCACUAGAAUUCUAGAAACUUCGCUUUCAAGAAAGUCAUGAUAAAUAGUAGAUUAAUAUCGUAGAUG